GACUAUUAAUAGCCAAUUAGAUUUUACGCAUAUUGUGGUAUAGAAAUAGAAGGGAUGAAAAACGGAAAAUCAUGCGUAAAUGUGUAAUUGCUAAUUCAUAUUUUGAAUGUAUUUUAAUUUUUGUCGUAUGAGGGCGAUCAUGAAAAAAUAUAAAAUGGCGUCAUUGACUGACAAAUUGACAAUCUGACACAAUCUGACAUUUAUAUUUUAUAAAUAAAUUUAUAAAUAUUGUAAAAAAUAAAAAAACCAUAUGUGUAAUUUUAAUGUAAAAAUAAAAAUAAAAAAAUUUAAAAUUUAAAAUAAAUAAAUAUCAAUAAUAAAUAAUUAAAAAUGAUUGAAUUUUGUACAAAAAAACGUAUGUUAUUAGCAAUUACAUUUCUUGGCGGAUUAACAAUAGUGGUUUUAAUUGUGGAAAGCCAGUGGACUGAUGAUACAACAAACAAGCCUUAUAUUGAAAAUCUUGAACACAAUGCAACAUGUACAACAAAUGGUGCAUAUGAAAUAAUUAUUGAUUGUCAUCCAUGUACUGCAUUUGAAAUUGCAAGUAAAAGUAUUGGUGUUUGUAUUCAUUCAAGAUACAAAGAGGUAUUGAGGUGUAAAACUGGUGAAACAAUAACAAGAAGCUGUGAUCGAGUUGCUUGGCUUGAAGAAAACGCAUUUUUAAAAUUUGAAGGAUUUAUGUUUGCUUUUGCAGUGUUAUCAAUUUUAUCUGUAUUUUUACGUGAAAAAGUAUUGAGAAAAAGAAUAAUAAGAAAAGUUGCUCGACAGCUUCGUUCAGGUGCUUAUUAAAUCAACAAAUAAAUUUAAAAAAUGGAACAAGAAAUAUUUUUAGAAAUAUAUCAGCAAGAUGUUGAUAAUAUAUAUCUUGCUCCAGUUGAGACUUUAAUUGCAUUAUUUACAAUAAAAUAUUGUGAUUCAAAGAUAAAAAUAACACUGAUUAAAACAAAUAAAAAAAGUAAUGAUAAUCAUAAUUUUAUGAUUAACAUCAAUGAUUUUAUUGUUGAUAUAUUAGAAAAUAAUGAAACAACAAGAUCUGUUGGAUACUGUCAACUGCCAUAUCUUCGUUUAAACAAAAAUAGUUUUAUCGCUGGUCUUUGUGCAUGUUUACGUCAAAUAAUUAAAUUAACACUCAGUGAAAAUCCAUUACAUCAUUGUCAAAAUCUUUUGGGUUUUAAAAAUUCAUGUCUUGCUGCACCAUCUGAAACAAGUGUGUGGACAAAAUUUUGUGAAGUUGAUUUGAUAAAUAUGUUAAAUAAUUGCAAUGAAGAAACUCGUUCAAAAAUUGAAUUACCAGAGACACUUGCAAGAUAUGAAAUACAUUUAUCACAACCAGUUCGUUUGCAUAAUAUUCACAAAUAUACAAUGUCCAAAAAAUAUUCACCAAAUGGUGUAUCAACACAAAAUCGUAAUAUACCUGAACAUGUUUAUGCUGAAGGUACAUUUAUGACUCUUGCUGAUAUAGACAUAUUUAUUUGCAUACAUUUAUUUGUAAUAUUUAUGUCAAAUGAUAAAAUAUUCAAGGCAAUGCCACUUGUAACAAAGUGGUACACGAAAAUUAUGGAAAAUGAAAAUAUUAAAUCAUUGCUAAAUAUAUUUCCCAUGAUAAUAAAAUCACCAUCAGACAUUGAUGUUAAUUUUGUACUACCAAAUGUCAUUGAUCAGAGUCUCUACCAAUGUGAUCCAAAAUUUUAUAAAACUGGAAAACAAGCAUUUACAAAACAAGAUGACAUUGAUUUAUCAUUGGAUAUAAUAAAAAAUAUUGGAAUUAAAUAUAAUCUUGAAGAUGAACCAUUUGGUGUUGAAUUAAAUAUCGAUUGGAAUAAAAUACCUUUUGAGGCUGGUCCAAAUGGUGGUGAAUUACCAAAAAAACGUUUACAACGUAAAUAUGAACAAUUGGAAAAUUUAUGUAAAGCAACAUUAAAACUAGCUAAAAGUGGUGAUAAAAUUGUUGAUUUUUGUGCUGGUACAGCACAUUUAGGAAUACUUGUUGCUUAUUUAAGACAAGAUUGUCGUAUAAUUAUACUUGAAAAUAAAGAAGAAUCAUUAAAUAGAGCAAAGCUAAGAGUUAAAAAAUUGAAUUUACAUAAUAUUGAUUUUUAUCAAUGUAAUUUAGAUUAUUUUAAGGGUAAUUUUGAUAUUGGUUUAUCACUUCAUGCAUGUGGUGUUGCAACUGAUUUAGUUAUACAACAUUGUAUUCGUGUUAAUGCAAUAUUUAUAAGUUGUCCAUGUUGUUAUGGUUCAAUUAAAGAUUGUCAUAAUAUUCAUUAUCCAAGAAGUAAAAUAUUUAAAAAUAGUAUAUCAUUAAAAAAUUAUUUAACACUUGGACAUUCUGCUGAUCAAACACAUGAUGAUAAAAAUCAUAAAACAAAACAAGGAUAUCAAUGUAUGAGUAUUAUUGAUACUGAUAGAAAAUUACAAGCUGAAGAAAAUGGCUACAAAGUACAUUUAUCAAAACUUGUACCUGAUACAUGUACACCAAAAAAUCAUUUACUUGUUGGUAUACCAGAAUUUAAAUUAACAGACGACAAAACAAUUGCUGAUUGUUUUAAUAAUUUAUGUAACAUAUAACAAUAAUAUUCUGGUUUUUUUUUUCUUUUUUUUUUUUAUGAAGAGAUCUUUAUUUUGAUAUGUACAAAAAAGAUAAUUAAUUCACGAAAUAUACAAAUUAUUGUUGUUAAAUCUUGUCUUGAUACUUUCUAAUUUUUUAAUUUGUCAAUUUUAUUUAUUUUUUUAAUUUGACACAAUCCGAUGAUACAUAACGGAAUGAGAUUCAAAAGAAAAAAAAAAGCUUAACAACGAUUUAAAAAUAGUCUAAAACUAUAUCCAAGUACUUGGUACAUUUUCACACAAUAUUAUAAUGUUUAAUUACGUUUUUUUUUUUUUUAUUUAUUUUUUUUAACUUUAAAAACUUCGUAAUUAAAUUUAAAUUAUAAAUAAAUUAUUUUAGAAGCACCAUUUACGUGGCCCUCAAAUUUGAAUGCAGAAAUUAUUAUUUUUUUUUUUUGCUUAAAAUUUAUUAUUUUUACGAUUUAUUUACAAAACUAUGGCUUGUAAAAACCAUAAAAUACACUAGAUGCGUCUGAUUUAUUAUUUUUAUAGUACGUUAUCGUUUUUUUUUUUUAAUUGGACGUCAAAAAAUUAUCUAUUUUUAUAUUAUUCGAAAAAAAAAAUCAUACACGUUUUUCGUACGACUUUAAUUUAUUAUCCGGAUUUAAUAUUAUUAAUUUACGUAUUAUUAAUUAUUAAUAAAAAUAGUUAACCAUACAAAAACGAAAAAUAAUAAAGAUGAAUCGAUUCUUAAAUAAAAGUAUGAAAAUUAGAAGUUAAAAAAUGGAAAAAAGAAAAAAGUUUUAUGUCGCGAAAAAGAUCUCUACUAAUUAAUUAUUUCUAGUGCAAUUUUUUUUAUUGUUCAAGCUAACGAGUCAUCAGUAAUUUGGCUAUAUUUAUCCAUUAAAAAUAAUCAUAAUGAUAACAAAAAAAAAAAAAAUUUAAUCAAUAUUAUUUAAAGCUAUCAAUUUUUUUUAUUUUAGAAUAAUUAUAUUUAUAUAAUUUUUUUUUUCUAUUUUUCAAAUUACGAUUCAAAAAAAAAAUAAAACAGUAAUAUUUAAUUUAAAAAAUCUUCUUUUAAUUUUGAGAUUAAAAUACAAAAAAAAAAGAAAAAAAAAAAAUUCUUCAAGUACGAUUUUUAAUGACCAAGUUAUUUCAAUUUUAAAAAUAUCAUUUUCUAAAAUACAAAUAAAAAGGGUAUUUUUUUUUUUCUACCAUAUUCAUAAACUGUAUUACUUGGUUAAUUUUAAGAGCUUCUAAACUGGACAAUUUUAUUAGAUAUUUAUCAUCUAUCUAUUAUCAAAAUUAAUAUAAUAAAAAAAUUUUUUUACUACAAGCAUUUAUACCAAGUUAUUAUAAUUUAAUUUUUCAAGUGCAUAAGAGUCAAGACAUCCUAAAAUUCUACAUUUUUUAUUUGUUAUUAAUUUUGCUAUUUAAUAACAACACAGUGAAGAUUAAUUUUUGUCAUAAUAACAAGUUUAAUUUAUUUAAAUUUCAAUUUACUAUAGCUUGCCAAAAUAUAUGAUUAUUUUUUUUUGUAUUAAUUUAAGUUAAAAACUCGAAUUUUUUAUACAACGAGUGCCCGGUUCAGAAGCUCGUUAAUUCAUCAAUCUAUACAGAAUUGAAUAAAUGGCAUUUAUUAUUUAAUAAUAUUAUCUGUCAAAUAUUAUUUUAUUUUUAUUAAUUUUUUUGUUUGUUUUUUUUCGUUUUUUU